UAUUUGGCAGAAGAGGGAAGAAAGAAAGCGAGGAGGGAGGGCUGUUAUUGAGUGUGUGUGCCUGAGAAAUGAGGGAGAGGAGGGAACUGAGCUGAGGGAGAAAUCUGUCAGAUUCAGACACACAUUACUCUGUGCGUGUGUGUGUGUGUGUGUGUGUGAGAGAGAGAGAGAGAGAGAGAGAGAACGAGGGAUGAGAAGAGCGGAGGAGGGCUGAGGAACUGAUAGAAAGAGACAGCAGAGGACCACAAAGUGAGGCAAGAUCACCUAUGGAUCAGCAUUCGUGCCAGAAACCCAGGGGAUUCCAUGGACACAUUGACCCGACUGACAUCCCUGCCGAGUGCGGCCGAUCGACGCUGAUGCCGAUGCGCUGCAUGCAGCUGUAGAGCAGCAAGGCCAAGGGGUCAGGGCUGAAAGGUCACAGACUACAGAGCCAGAGCGGGGCGCUUCGGGAGGGGAGACUGCGAGGACGCAAGAGGAAUCCGGGUCCGGGUCGUAAGGUCCAAGUGACAGACGAGAGUCAAGGGGUCAAAGAUGAUGACAUCACAUGGAAAGCUGAGGAGGGAGAAGGGGAGUCUGGCCGAGUAUGAAUUGCAGAUGAAAGACCUGCGGGCCCAGCUGACAGACCAGAUCAAGAUUUUAGACUCUCAGGUGGAUGUGAAACAGCAGCAGCUCUCAGACCUCUCCGAGUUCCUCCGGCGCCGCGGCGACAUUGAGGCCGAAUACGCGCGCGCCCUCGACAAACUCACCGAGAGGUUCACCCACAAGACCAAGAAGAAGGAGCAGUGGGGUCAGUCGGUGUGUCAGGUCUGGUCCGUUCUGCUGACUCAGACUCGUCUGGAGAGCCGGGAACACGCCGCACUGGGUGACACCUGCUGCAACACGCUCACACAGAGACUCACGCACAGCACGGAGGACACACACCGCCUGCACAAACGGAGCAAAGAAGUUGGAAUCCAGAUGCAGGAUGAGCUGCUGAAGGUCACCACUGAGCUCCAGACGGCUGUGAAGACAUACAACCAGUACCACACGGACUGCAUGAUAGCCGAGGGGAAGCUGAAGGAAGCCGAGCGGUUGGAGGAGAGACACACCGGCAAGUCGGCCGAGCUCGGCCUCGGCCAAUCGGGAGGACAGAGGCGGAGUUCCGUCAAGAAGAUGGAGAGAUUAAUGGAGAAGAGGCAAGGUCGAAUGCAGGAGACCCAGCUGAAGUGUACCAAGGCUCGCAACGACUACCUUCUGAAUCUAGCAGCAGCCAACGCAGCCAUGAACAAGUACUACCUGCAGGACGUGAGCACUCUCAUCGACUGCUGCGAUCUCGGUUUCCAUCUGUCUGUGGAGCGGGUGAUGAGGUGCUACCUGGCCAGCAGGUGGCGCAUCCAGAAGACAGAGGAGACGGGGCUGAAGCAGCUGGAGGCAGCUGUGACGUCCCUGGACCAGGGCGGCGACAGAGAUGCGUUACUGCAGCAACACGACGCCGCCUUCUGCCUUCCGUUCCGAUUCAACUACCACCCACAUGAGGGAGACCAGGUGUGUGAGGUUAGCGCGGAGAGCCAGGUGAGGUACGAGAUGGAGACCAGAUUCCAACAGCUUCAGUCUCGACUUGCCGCCGUUACCUUGGAAACAGAGGAGAUCAGUAAAACACUUAAAGCCACGCUCACAGCCCUGCUGGACAGUAUGUGCGACAGCGACUGUAACCCCUCCCCCGACGUUCCCAGCAGCCUAUCACACGAGCCCCCCGGAGUAGGAAGCGCUGCCCCAAAGCUUACCCUUGCCAAGCGUCGAGCCAAUCAGCAGGAGACAGAGACCUACUACUUUACAAAAGUGAAGGAGUUCCUCUCCAGCAGUUCUCUGACCUCCAAACUUCAAGCCAAACAUGACCUUCUACACGAUGCCAUACAGAAAGCUGAGGCGGUUGACAGUGACCCUUCCAGAAUGCAAUGUGCUCGGUCAGUGCGUGUUCGGAAGUCCAGACCUGUUUCCCAAUUCUGCCACACACUCUUCACCACAGACAUACUGUCCUACAUACAGAGCUCUGGGCAGCAGAUUCCUGUGGUGGUUGAAAGCUGCAUUCGUUUCAUAAACCUUCACGGCCUCCACCAUGAAGGAAUAUUCAGAGUUCCUGGGUCACAGAGGGAGGUCAACCUCAUUAGAGAUGCAUUUGAGAGAGGAGAUGAUCCUCUGUCAGACAGUGAGUGUGACCUGGACUCCGUGGCUGGUGUAUUGAAGCUUUACUUCAGGGGCCUCGAGCCUCCUCUCUUCCCUUACGACAGCUACUCCCAGCUGCUGGAGUGUGUCCAAAUUGAGGGAGAGACGGAGAAAGCUGCCCAGGUUAAAGCGACCGUCUCCACCUUCCCGCGGCCUCUCCUCAUCGUGAUGCGUUACCUUUUCGCGUUCCUCAAUCACGUGUCUCAGUACAGCGAUGAGAACAUGAUGCAGCCCUACAACCUUGCCGUUUGCUUCGGCCCGAGCCUGCUGAGGGGGCUGGACUCUGAUGACGCCGUUGCUAGGCAGCCACAGGUUAAUGACCUCGUCAAAACCAUGAUCCUCCAACACGACGUCAUCUUCCCCGGCCAAUCAGAGUUGCCGGGCCCUGUCUACGAGAAGCACAUGACCCUGGAGCAGGAGUACUGUGAACCAAUCACAGAGGAGGGAGACGGAGAGACCGAGCCUCUGCCCAGUGAGGAUGAGUGGGAAGCAUUGGCUCUGUUUGACUACGUGGCGAGAUCUCCAGCUGAGCUGUCAUUCAAGCAAGGAGAGCUUCUCAUCCUCCACAGCAAGGCCUCCUCCGAUUGGUGGAGAGGCGAAGCGGGAGGGGUCAAGGGCCUAAUCCCUCACAAGUACAUCAGCGUGCCGGAAGGGUCAGAACGAGGGAAAAGAGAGGAAGGAGGAGGAGGCAGCACUGGAAACCUGGCAGUAGAAGAUCCACAGACGGAGAACACAACUCGGAUGAGGGUGAACAGUGAUAGUGCUUCGUUGCCUGGAAGACAGAGGGGGAGUGAGGGGAGCCCCAGUCGAAAGCCGCCAACCUCUCCCGCAACACGACACCUCCCAGUGUCUCAGGAGAGAAGACACACUUUGGACACUGUGAGACAGGGCGGCCUCAGACCACUAGACCGACCGCCGUUUGUCCAGGCAGAGAGAACACCAGUUGACAAGGAGGUGAUCAGCCGUCAGAUGAACUCCGUGUUCAAGGAGCUCCUGUCACGCCAGCCUCCUCUCCAGCCACCCGCCCUCGCCGCCCCUGCAGCCCCUGCUCCCUCUUCCUCCUCCUCCUCCUCCUCUUCCCCCCAUCCUCAAGCUGCCCCCGCCGCCAAAAAAGUUGGAUUCGGCCUCAGAGGACGGGCGCUUUUCAGACCGGUGGACUGACAGAGAAGAGAGGAUGACAGGAAUCGUUGAUUUAUUGUUUAAAGAUGAUGAUGGUGUUUACACUGAUGACGAUGAUGCAUUCAGUGAAGAUCCUGAUUUAUUUUUUUGACACGUGUACAAUAUUUGCGUCUUUGUCAUCUCAUAGUGCCACUAGUCUUGGUGCCGUGUUACUGUACGUCCUGUGUGUCUGUUUUCCGGCUGGUUUCGCUCUUCUUUGGUCCUGGUCUGGUUUUGUUCACCAGGCUUUCGCAAGUUUUGGAGAAUCAGGGAUGUGACAUCGCCAGUGAUAUCACCAGACUGACUUUAACAAGUGGUUGCCAUGAUACAUCAGAAUCAACAAAAGACUUAAGCUGCCCCCUAGUGGCAGGUCUGAGAUCAGCUCUCGCUAUAAUGUUUGCUCUACUUUGAAUAACAAAACUGAUCUGGGGCCUGUGUCUAGGAGUGCCUUCACAUCUUAUUCUUAACUCAUUCUUCUAAAUCUUCACAUUUAUUUCACUUCAAAUACCUGUAAGUUUAAACUCUGCAUAUUCUAUUCACAAAAUCUGAUCCAGAAAGAUGAUACCUAAAGUGUUUAAUAUUAAAUAGAUAAGACAAUAUGAAAUGAAUGAUAUGAUAUUCAAUUUUGUUAAAAAAUGUAUAAAUUGAUCGAAAAUUAUUAUUAUUUAACUCGGUUAUUUCAUCGUUAAUUUACAUAACAAUUUUAUUGAAUAUCAUUUUUCUGUAUGUUUGUGUUUCAAAAUCUCCUUUUUUCAAAAGUCUUUUUUUACACAAUGACAUUUUAUUCCAUGUCAACUUUUUUCAUGUCACUCUCCAUAACAGGGGUGUUGUCACUGCUCUGUUAAUCUCUCAGUCAAUCGCAUCCCCUGCCUCUUAAUCUAGCAUGCUCCUCUACUGCUACUUCCAAAUGUACUGAGCACUUGUUAGCUAUGUAACAAUGCCAAUGUUAUAAAUAGCAUGCAGUGGUCAACUUGCAGAGAAAGCACUCAGCACUUCGCUGACAAGUGUGUGGAUGAAAUACUAGAGGCAAUAGAUCAGCGCACAAAUGAAUUCCUAUCUUGUAUCAAGGUAGAUUUGAAGUCAGAGGAAUCUGAUGAGAUGAAGGAGGAGUUGGCGGCCACGCUCACAUGGUCCAAUCGCACCAGUCUGACCUCUACUCCAGAUGGUCACCUCAGUGUAUUUUGGUAGUAAGUUGCCUUGCUUGAUGGAAACAUUGACCACCAGGAUCAUCUGCCCGCUGUCUGCUCUUUCUCUCUUGCAAUCAAGGCCGUAACCAAUAUGGACCAAGCAGCGAAAAAUGUUCCGAAGAGAAUAAGGCACUAUCUAAAGGGGGAAUUAUGCCACAGCAACUGGAUCUGACCCAUCACUUUAGUGCCACAGUGAUAGGUCCCCUCUAACAGAGCAUUUCCUAAAGUACAUGCUAGUCCAUAGACCUAUCAUUGUAAUCCACAGUGCCCAUUGGAUUUUAUGGAUGAGAGUCUACUCCCAAAUCCAGAAUUACUUGGUCAUCCCAGCAGCACAAUUUGGAUUGGUGGUCUUCAGGUCGGAUGAGAUCUCCUUUGAACUCACUGCUGAGCAGAAGGGAUAGGUGUCCUGGCCCUGUUCUGUCCAAUUCCUGGAUUUGGCCCAGUUGGCGUACUUGGAGGCCGGCAAGUUCCCUGCCCCGUUUGAGAUCGUCCAGCCAAGUAACAGUGGUCUGAUGGUGAGCGCUUACCUCCAAAACCAGCCUCUAGGGUGACUGCGCAGACUGUAGGAAGAGGUGGUCCAUCGAAGGCAUCCGCCACAGGGCCCAGGAAAAUGGGGAUGGCAGCAAAUGACCAGCAAAUAGGCUCAGGGUAAAAUUAGGGAAAUGGCAGUACGACAUCGGUGACAUGGGGAGGACAGCCCAGCCCCACGGUUCACCCUAACAGGCUUACAAAUGCGGACGCUGCAUGGCAGAAGGAGUUUCCUGUGUCUUUGUACUGAUUUGCUUACUGCAACAGCUACUUGGUUGAUUACAUUGUGCUUGUUGUUGCUGUGGCUAACAGGGGCUAACUGGCUAAAUCUGGUAGCAGUGAGUUAAUCUUGCUAGUUGUAGAAGAGAUCAGGGGGCAUGUGAUUGGCUGAAAGGUGAGGUCAUGAUGACACCAUCAGUAUGGUGGAAAAUGGCAGGAAGUGUUAGUUGGAAAAAUACAUGUAUACCAUAAAAACAGAUUUUUUUUAAAGGGUAUUGAAAUUACUAAUUUACUUCACAUAACUAAUGUGAAAUGAAAAAAAAAGAUGGCAUCACAUUUCACAUGAGCCCAAUUUCAAUAACUCCUUAAAUUGUUUGGCAAGUAAUUGUUCCAUAUUAUGAAGUUUUUCAAGUGCUUAUUUAUUUCAUAAUUAUCUAUUUAUGUAUUUAAUACUGAACACUGUGGGACACUAUAGAUGCUAGCUGGUAAAACUAAGCAGUGAGGUCAGUAAUAGCAGCAUGUAGUGUUAGCAGACACACACACACACACACACACACACACAUACACAUGAAACACAGAUUCCCCUUCAAAUGUGAUACAUGGCCUGAUGCACAGGCCAAAUCUCAGGGCUUUUGCAGAGUUAGAGACGGGCUAACUCAGGUUUGGCUUUGAAGGAAUAAGUCAGAGUUUUUUCACUUAGGGCUUUGGUUGACUUUUGCAACUGGAAACUGUGCCCUAGCCUCAAGAGCCAAAAUGGCCCCCAUUUCAAAGAGGGUUAAAUUGUUGGUCUAAACUGUGAACGCAAUGGAGUCAUUUUGGAGCCAUGAUCAAAACUCUUGUUUCAUUCAUCUACACAUUUUGGCCCCCCCGACUAUAUACAUUAUCUAGCACUAUUUACAGGUCCCAUUCAAAUGUAUGUUUUAGGAUUUUUGUAGUGAGGUGUACAAUUUUGUUGACUCCAAAAGCAUUUGAAAUGUUUAUACCUAUGGCAUCUCUCCUCUGUCGUGCUUCAGUAUCGAAAACAUAGAGGUAGAAUCAGUUUUUAUAAUAUUGAUUCUGCUUCCGUGACUAAAACACCCUGAUAUCCUGGAUCACUGUCUGAUGAUGUCACAAAAUUUACUGUGUCAAAUUGUAUGUGUGGUAAAAAAAAAAAAAAUGAAUACAAUAAAGGUGAUUAAGUGAUGAA